UAUCACAUGAUUCACUGUCCAAAGUCACAGUAUCUAACGAUCACUUGUAGUAUACUACGCGCAUAGGUUGAUAACUUUUUUGAUUAUCAUCUGCUUGUUCCUUUGUUAAGGGCGAGAUUUAAAUUGUGUAGUUCACUGUGGUAUAUUUACAUUUCAAAGGAAUGCGUUUUAUCGGGGAAGACACUACGAACUUGGGAGCCAUGUGUUCUGUUCUUAAUUAACAUUACACCAGAUAUUAAUUGAUACAAUGUCGUAUGCUGAUGUUAGCGGAAGUGAGUGAACUGUAGCGAAACACACACGUGCACAUGUCGACCUGUAGCUGAAAGAAAAAAAAUCGGAAUCACCUGAUGCACCGAUGGAUGUAACUUCGCCGAGGAACAAUACAACACCAGCAGUUUUACCUGAAACCUACAUACUUUGGCAUUUAAACGAAAAAGCGUACGCCAAAAAUAAGCCAGCCAUCAUUUUCCUUUUAAUCAGCAUGAUUGUGGGAACGGUUGGCAAUGGACUCGUCAUCUACGUGUAUGGAUGGCGACUUCGUCCCAACUCCUCCAAGAAUAUAUUUAUAACCUGGCUGGCUGUGUUCGACCUAAUUUCUUGUUGUGUAACUAUUCCAUUCGAGGUAUUUGAUCUACGUUUUCCAAUGCUGUACGGAGAAGGAAUUAUUUGCAAAAUAUCUCGGACUUUGGCGUUUGCAGUUAAUAUUACUUCUGGUUUAAUACUUGUGUUAAUUGCCUUUGACAGACUUCAAAUAACAAGACCUCCAUAUAAGAGUUACACAAAGAGGAAAACUCGAUGCCUUAUUCUGUUAGUGACUCUGAUUUCGCUCGUGGUAUCUAUUCCAGCACUUUUCGUUUUCGGAACGAAAACGAUUCGAACCAUUUUCCCGGGAAUUUCUGGAAAAGAUUGUUCUUACGACGAUGCAAUUAAAGAUACUAUGUUACCUAUCAUAUAUUAUGUACUUUUAGCUGUGAUAUUUCUUUUGACGUUCGUAAUAUUAGGGAUUUUGUACAUAAAAAUCGCUAUUGCCAUUUAUGAAUGGAAGCACUCUAUUAUUGGCGAAGCCCUCGCAUUGUCCAGUAAUAAGUGGCGCAAAACUUCCCAGAGUUUAUCUGUGAAAUCAGACAAUUUCGCAAGUGUGACAUCAAAGACCAGAGAAGACGCAAAUUACUUAGAAGAUUCAUUUGUUUCACAAAAUAAUGGACAUUUGGAUAAUAGUCAAUAUAAUGAACUUUCUGCACAUGAUCAAGAAAACAGUUUAACGAAUGAGCAAUUUCAUAAUUUAUCAACAUUAUCAUCAUCAUCAAAACAGCGUUAUGAGGUCAACAUUGCAAGUUCCACUAAAAGCACCAAAAGCUCAAUUUCGGAACAUACGAACGAUGGAAAGAGAAAACUGUCUGUCAAGGAACGAGCUAGUCCUGUGAAAUCCAACGUUUUAUUUAUAACAAUAACAGUUGUAUUUGUCUUGAGUUAUCUGCCGUUCCUACUAUUUGAACUCCUGAAAGGUGUAUUGAAGGAAGGAACAUUUGACGAAACAGCUUUCGAAGUUGUCACAAAAUCUGUGUAUUUGAAUAAUCUAGUCAACCCCGUGAUUUACGGAAUUUAUAAUGUGAACUAUAGAGAGGAAAUUCGGAAUUUAUUUUGCUUGCGGUCAACAGUGAAUUCUCGUUAUAGAUCAAGCAUUAGUAAAUAGCAAUCAUCAUCUCCAUUUUUAAAUACUUAUAUAUAUCAAAUACACUUGAAUUUGAUUGGGUUUUUUAAAAAUUAUAACAAGUGUAGAUAAAGAUGUAAAAAAUAUUAAAGGCCUGUAAUUUAUGGCAAUCUGGUCUGUCCUGUGUCGACCGGAAGUGAUAUGAUUUUUGCACAUCAAACGAAAACUGGUGAUAAAGGGAUGUAAACAAUUGAUUAAAAAAAUAAUGUAAUCAUUGGAAAAAUGCUCAAUUGAAUUUUUAAAGCAUUGCCGGUCGAGGUCAGGGCCAUUGACGGCGAUAAGUUGAAUGCAUUGCUGAUUUUGUUGUGUAGGUUUACCUAUAAAACAUCGAUAGAGGGCGUGUAUGUUGCAUAAAACUUACUGAUGAUCAUGUAUUUUUCUAGAAACUUCAAAACGAAUUUUCUUUUGAUAAUGAGAAUAAAAGUCUUAAUUAAAACUAAAAUAAAACUACAAUUAUAUAUAAAUCUCGAAAGUUUAUUUUGCUGACAAACAUGCUAAUAUGAUACUUCUUUGUGUAACUUAAUGCUUUCUUAUGACAUAAAACAAAUCUUUAAAUCUUUAAAUCAUAUCAUUAAUCUUAUUAAGAUUCCUGUGUAAAGGAAUUGUGUAUAGCAAAUCAAUAUUUGUACAGGCUAGAACAGCAAUAACCAGUGCCCCUAAGUUUUUCACAAAAAUAUGAGUUUUUCAAUCACAGUACUGUUAGUCAUUUCACUAGAAAAUUGUAGCUUAAAUUUGCUUUAAUAGUGCGUACUACAACCCACAGGUGCUUGAGGACAGGAUCGACCCCCCCCCCCCCCCCAAGAUUAUAGACCCCCGGGACUUUAUUAUUAUUUUUUUAAAUUAAAUUAUCCUUUCAUGACACAUUUCUAUCUAAUAUAUACAUUCAUUUCACAAAAUUACCUUAAACAAACAUUUUUUUAAAAAAUCAGACCCUCUACAUAUAUAAUACAAGAAGGUUGCUAACUUCGUCUGCCAGCCGAGAGGCAGUGCCCACUAGCUUUUUUUUAUAAUCAAUGCCGAGAGCGAGAAAGACUCUCCUACAUGACACGUGUUCACUAGCACAUGGCUGCAAAUAAAUAAAAUAUAUAAGUAUAUUAUGCUUGAUAGAGUAAAAUAACUGUUAAGUUUUAUUCCUUUUUGCAAUCAAUGCCCAACAAUGACAGUCCAUAGAUAAAUCCACCAAUUUAUUUAUUUAUUUUUUUUUUUUUUUGUUUACACAUAAAUCCACAUACACACAUAUUUCAGACAUAUUUCAUACAUUUCAAGAUUCUACAUAUUGUAAUAACUUAUUAAUCUAAAGAAAACAUAUUAGCCGUGUAGUGUAAAACCGUGUUUUUUUGAAAAAAAAAUAAUAAAUAAAUAGAUGAUAGCAGUAAAUGAAAAGAGAAAAAGGGAGAUACAGAAGAAGAUACAAAAAUACAAAAGAAAAAGGGGGAGGGGGGGGUACAUUAUCAAUAUAUUUGUUCAAAUCCACCAAUUUUAACAUUAGGUUAAUAACCUCCUAAGUGGGUUUUCACAAUGUCUUAGAACGUCAUUGCACGCUAAUAAAACAACUGAUAAAUCACUUUCCAUAUUUGGGACCAAAACCGUUAAUUGGUGCAUGUUUUUUGUAUUGACUGUUUACCAAAGGAAGAAGAUAAACAUUUAUCUGCAUUGUCCAUGAGUAUGCUACUUCGUCAAAAGUGAGGACAUUAUUAAACACCUGGUUCAAUUAAAGUUUGAGCUAUUUUUGCAUUCUUUUGAAGAGUCAUCAUCGCAACUUAAAAAUAAUACAUGAAAUAAACAUUGAAAAUAUCAAGUAUCUAGACAAAAGUACAAUAUUUAGUUACUCAGUAGGUGUUGCAUUAUCAGAAUAACAGUCAGUCUGAAAUUCAACAAUAUGUGGAAUAUCAACUGCAGAGUUUCUCUUCUUAAUGGAAUUAAUCCCCUUAGUUUAAACAAUAUUUAUUGAUAUUUAGCCAUUCUAUUACCACCCCACCCCGGCCCUAUUCGUGCCGCUUCUCACUGAUUAUUUUCUAGUUUUAGACUAAGAUAUUUUGGUAAAUUAUCCCAUAUUAUAUCAGCAUAUUGUAAGGCUGGUCUAAUAAACAAGAGGCCCAUGGGGCCACAUCGCUCACCUGAGCAACAAUGGGCGUUCAAAAGAUAUUGUGCCGUAUAGUCCCUCGGUAGAAUAACAAAAAAUAAAUAUUGUAAAGUAUUCGAAUUUUACACUUAUUUUUGCAUACACCUAAUCUUUGACGUUGUACCUUCAUGAAAUACUAUUUUUACCAGAAUAAGAAAAUCCUACGCAAGAUAUAAAACUAAACAUUUGGUAGGAGUACACUGUUAAGUUGUUAACUUCCAAUUCCCUAUAUUUUCGUUCUGCCCCCCCCCCCCCUCCCCCCCCACACACUUUGUAAAUCAAUCAAAAUAUAUGAAAGCAUAUAGGUACAUUUUUUUUCAUCAACUACUUACUAGUUAUUGUAUUUUUUUAAAAAAAAUAUAAUAGUUAUUGUUUUUUAUUCUUAAAAUCCUACAUGUAUAGAUGUGAAGAAGAAAAUUGUACCUCAAUGUGCUCAAUUCCUCAAAUUAAAAACAUUCAAAAAUUUUAUUUGUCUUCUCCAUUACAAUUAAAUGACUGUUAUUUACUUCGCGUACAAACCAGGAUAAUUUUUCGCUGUGAUAUUUUCUUAGGAAUAGCGAUAAUUACUUUAUCCCCGCAACAGAAAUGAGUCAGAACUAUGGAAACUGUUUUAAAGAUGUCGUUUUUAUUUACCCGUGUCUGAAAAACUAUCAUAAUUGAUGCAGAUUUCACAUUAUUUAUUGUAUAAAGAGGGGGCCCCAGAGAGUAGGUAUAUACAGAA